CGGAAUUUUCACGCGGCUUUUCCAUGGGGGUGGUCAACCCAUAUGGGGCCAAUUUCUGUGGGAGCCGAGUGGCAUGCAGCUGGCAUCCCCGUGGGCAAACUUCCCCGGGCCCGGUUCUGAGCCGACGGACGGGCUGUCCGUCGCCAGAUUAUAAAACCAACUGCAUUCCCUCCCACAUCCCCGAGAUCCCAAUUCCUUUUCUCGUCCUCAUUGAUCUUGCAGUCAGGCCCACAGCAGUUCGCCCGUGGAUCUCCCUUGACUUCUUGGUGGAAGCAUUGUUAUUGUAAGACUUCACCGCGACACCUGCCACCAUGGCCGACACAAUAGAUGCUUCGCGUGUCGAGGCACCCGUCACCAUGAAGACCUACCUCAUGUGUGCCUUUGCGGCAUUCGGUGGUAUCUUCUUCGGGUAUGACUCCGGUUAUAUCAACGGUGUCAUGGGUAUGAGAUACUUCAUUGAAGAGUUUGAAGGACUGGAUUACAACACUACCCCCGAGGACGCCUUCGUUAUCCCCUCCUGGAAGAAAUCUCUGAUCACGUCCAUCCUGUCGGCCGGUACAUUCUUCGGUGCUCUCAUUGCUGGUGAUCUGGCCGAUUGGUUCGGUCGUCGGACAACCAUCAUUACCGGAUGCGGGAUUUUCAUCGUCGGUGUUGUUCUUCAGACUGCCUCGAGCUCCGUCGCCUUGCUGGUCGUCGGUCGCCUGGUCGCCGGUUUCGGUGUCGGUUUCGUCUCUGCCAUCAUCAUCCUGUACAUGUCGGAGAUUGCUCCCCGCAAGGUCCGUGGUGCCAUCGUCUCGGGCUACCAGUUCUGCAUCACUAUCGGUCUGAUGCUGGCUUCUUGCGUCGACUACGCUACUCAGGACCGCACGGACUCUGGCUCCUACCGUAUUCCCAUCGCGCUCCAGAUUGCCUGGGCCUUGAUUCUUGCCAUCGGUUUGUUUAUCCUGCCGGAGUCACCGCGUUACUUUGUGCGCAAGAACCAGCUCGACAAGGCCGCCCAUGUGCUCGCCCGUGUUCGUGGUCAGGCCCAGGACUCGGAUUACAUCAAGCAGGAGCUUGCCGAGAUCGUUGCCAACAACGAGUAUGAAAUGCAGGCCAUGCCUCAGGGCGGAUACUUCACCACCUGGAUGAGCUGCUUCAAGGGCAGCAUCUUCUCGCCUAACAGCAACCUCCGUCGUACUGUGCUCGGAACCUCGCUUCAGAUGAUGCAGCAGUGGACCGGUGUGAACUUUGUCUUUUACUUUGGAACUACCUUCUUCCAAUCGCUCGGCACCAUCAGUGACCCGUUCCUGAUCAGCAUGAUUACCACCAUCGUCAACGUCUGCUCCACCCCCAUCUCCUUCUACACCAUGGAGAAGCUCGGUCGCCGCACCUUGCUCCUCUGGGGUGCUCUUGGCAUGGUUAUCUGCCAGUUCAUCGUCGCCAUCGUCGGCACCGUGGACGGCAGCAACAAGAACGCCGUCAGCGCCGAGAUCUCUUUCAUCUGUAUCUACAUUUUCUUCUUCGCCUCCACCUGGGGCCCCGGCGCGUGGGUUGUCAUUGGAGAAAUCUACCCCCUGCCGAUCCGUUCUCGCGGUGUUGCUCUGUCGACCGCUUCUAACUGGCUCUGGAACUGCAUCAUCGCCGUCAUCACCCCCUACAUGGUCGACAAGGACAGGGGCGACCUGAAGGCCAAGGUCUUCUUCAUCUGGGGCUCGCUCUGCGCCUGCGCCUUCGUGUACACUUACUUCCUGAUCCCCGAGACCAAGGGUCUUACCCUGGAGCAGGUCGACAAGAUGAUGGAGGAGACCACGCCGCGGACGUCGGCCAAGUGGAAGCCUCACGGCACCUUCGCGGACGAGAUGGGUCUCACCGAGAAGGACGUUUCCGCGAAGGCGGGCAUGGUCCACCACAGCGAGGUUGUGGGUGUGGAUUCCAACGUUUGAUCGGUGUUCAGCCUCAGCUUUCAGCUUAAGAUACUCUUUUCGCGAUCGGUUGGGUGGUUCUUCGUUGCUUUCUUGAUGCACGCAUUGUCGGUGAUGGAUACCCGUGGGCGAUGGUUGGGAUGACUGGAUAGCUGCGAACGUUUCAUGUUCAUGUCUGAUGUUAUAGUAUAUUAAUGCCGUUUAUUACUAGUUCUUUGAACUAUCUACAUAAUGAGAUAUAAGGUUAAUAUUGGAA